AAAAAAAAAAAAAAAAAAACCUUGCGAGACAAUACAAAACCGACAGAAAAACAAGAAAAGAACAAACAAAAAAGUGAGGUUUGAGAAAUGCAGGCAAAUGGCACUAUUUUUUCUGUUGAAAGAGGCUAUGAUGACUCAAAAUUUGAUGAGGAUGGUCGUGUUAAACGAACUGGAACCUUGACUACUGCUAGUGCUCAUAUCAUAACGGCGGUUAUCGGGUCGGGGGUGCUGUCUCUGGCAUGGGCAACUGCUCAGCUGGGGUGGAUUGCAGGUCCAGUUGCCAUGAUGGCCUUUUCUUGCAUCACCUGGUUUACUUCCAUUCUACUUGCUGAUUGUUACAGGUCUCCUGACUCUGUAACCGGCCGGAGAAACCGUACUUACAUGGAAGUUGUGAGAGCUAAUCUAGGAGGACUCAAGGUCCAGCUUUGUGGGAUAGCACAAUAUGGGAAUCUUGUGGGCAUCACCAUCGGAUAUACGGUCACCACAGCCAUUAGCAUGGUGGCCAUCAAACGAUCAGACUGCUUCCAUGAGAAUCAUGUUCGUGAUGGCUGUCACACCUCAAACAAUUUCUUCAUAAUCCUCUUUGGGUUGAUACAAGUAAUCCUCAGCCAAAUACCAAACUUUCACAAGCUGUCGCUGCUUUCCAUCAUUGCUGCUGUCAUGUCUUUUUGUUACUCUUCAAUUGGCCUCGGCCUCUCUGUAGCUCAAAUUGCAGGCGGGGCUCAUCCUCAGACAAGCUUAACAGGAAAACCUGCCGGAAAGAGUAUGACGGCCAUGGAUAAGAUGUGGGACACAUUUUCAGCCCUGGGAGAUAUUGCCUUCGCCUAUGCCUUUUCCACUGUACUUGUUGAGAUACAGGACACGCUAAAAUCCACUCCACCGGAAAACCAAGUCAUGAAAAGGGCUGCAUUCAUCGGAAUUUCAGUCUCGACCGUAUUUUAUAUGCUCUGUGGAGUCCUGGGAUAUUCUGCAUUUGGAAAUGAUUCCCCCGGAAAUCUCUUAACUGGAUUUGGUUUCUACGAGCCAUUUUGGCUUGUCGAUCUGGCUAAUGUCUGCAUUGCGGUACACCUUGUGGGAGCCUACCAGGUAUUUGCACAACCGAUUUUUGCAUUUGUGGAAAGUUGGAGCAAAAAGAAAUGGCCGGAAAGUACAUUCAUAAACAGAGAAAACUCGAUUGACUUGCCGGGCGGCUGCGUUAUGAAUUUCAGUCCCUUCAGGUUAGUUUGGAGAACAUCGUACGUAAUAUUCACAAUAGUAGUGGCAAUGAUCUUCCCAAAUUUCAAUGACGUAUUAGGGCUCCUUGGGGCUGCCUCAUUCUGGCCGCUGACGGUUUUCUUCCCGAUUGAGAUGUACAUAGCGCAAGCCAAGAUUCGAAAGUUUUCAUUCACUUGGAUUUGGAUGCAAAUCUUAAGCUUCGUCUGCUUAAGCAUCUCACUUCUGGCUGCUGCUGCAUCCAUCCGAGGCCUCAUCAAGCAUCUCGACACCCUCAAGCCCUUCAAAUCCGAGUCUUGAGAUUGUUGCUUCUCUUUCUACAGAGAGAUUACUACAAAUGAACCUUAUACUUGUGUUUUUUAAGUGUCCAUAUCCGUGUGAUCUGACUGUCACACGGUUUCUUCGGUGAAAGUUUCCAUAUCCUUAGGAGUCAUGCUAAUAUCUACUACAUAUAUAGAGAGGAUAUUUUUUGGAA